UUCGAGGGGACGCCACGCUCUCGUGGGGGGUUGUGGGAAAUGAGGCCUGACCUGGCACCUGGGAAUACUACAACUUUUCGUUUUUUGUUUUUUUUUGUUGCGGAUUUCUCAUUUUAUUGUUGUGUUGUACUGACGAAAUGCACUUCUUCGCGCAUUUUUCUUUCUUCCGGUUUUCUAAUUAGAUAAAGAAAACAGGGGUCAAAGGACAACGGCGGUUGGUGUAGUUUGAUCGGUGUUGUGAGGUGAUUAGCUCGUAGGACGUUACAGUGUUGUUUACAAGACAGAAUGGGCGAGGUGUCCGCAUUCAUAGCAACAUAGAGACGGCUAAAAAUACAGGACCUGCUGUUUUAGGUGAGUGACUCUACCUGUUCUAUACACACACAUGUACACACACACACACACUCACGUGGAGCUCAGAGUUAUGCGCUCCGUCAGAACAGGGUAAGGCAGUGUGACGGAAAGAGGGCGGGUUACCGGGAGCCUGGGCGGGAGAGAAUGAAUGAAAGGGAGGAGGGAGAACUUUGACUCUGAGGGCCAGAGGACAGGUUUGCGAAAAGAUAGGAGAAGAUUCAGAGAGAGAGAGAGAGAGACACAAGGAACAGUUUUGGAUCAUAAGGCCAUGGAACCUGCCAAAGGAGUUAAUAGCAAAACGCCUUCCCUCUAGGCCGAGGAAAAUAGACGAGGAGAAAAAAGUAGGAGCGCAUAACACUGACUGUGGGUUUGUGUUUUGGGGACUACGUUCUUGGGAUUGAAGUUGAAUAGGAAUCCCUGCAGAGUUUGUUUGAUGGGGAUUAUUCUGUGAACGUCUGGAUCCUGUCUCUGAUAGCUGAUGUCUGAGAGCAUCACCAUGAUGAUGACAGCCCUGUUCAGAGGGAGACGGCCUAAAAAAUCUCAGGAAGCCUCCCCCAGAAGUCGGACACCUGCGGCCCACCCGCCCAGUCCGGAUGAAGAUGAAGACGACGAGGAAACGUUACCCGGCAGAUCUCCAAUUCGCAGGAACUCACGGUUUUACCGCUCGAUGAGAAGACAGAGGUUGGCUGCAAAUUCAGAACAAGCACAAAGCCCCGCCUCUCCAAACCCAGCAGUUAACCCCGCCUCCUCCAACAGGCUCAGCCCCUCUACGGUGUAUAAAUCUCCUCUCUCUCCCAGAAUGCAAGAUUCACCUUCUCGCUCUGGAAUCUCGUUGCCGAGCAACGGAAGCGCUGUAUUGGGAGGAGUUCGGUCUCGGUCUCCGUUGGCGACGCCGGUAGAUUCGUCGCGUAGACAAGACAUGGAAGAACUGAGCGAGCGGACGAGUAAAGCCUGCACCGUGCGGGACAACGACAUGCACACAGUGGACCCCGACAACAGGUUAGUGAGGAAUGGUGACAGUCCGCACAAGAUGGCAGUGGAGAAUUCCUGCCGCAAUCUCAACAUCGUGAAGAACGUCGAUGUUUUGUACCAGGAGUACCGUGACACUUCUAAGCAGCAGGAGAUCGAGCAAAGGCGACAGAGAGAUGGGCUUCCCGCUGCAGGGUCAGGGGUCGUGGCUGCGCCUGCGUUACAGCUGCAGCUCAGGAACGGUUCACAUUCACUGAGCCUCUGGCAAAACCUAGACGCAGUGAAGGAUAGUGGACUACUGCAAACACUGGAACCAAAAGAGAUCAUUGUGCAGGAGGCCAUGUUUGAGCUGGUGAGCUCAGAAGCGUCGUACUACAAAAGUCUGGAACUAUUAGAGACCCAUUUUCUCCACAACCCUCUUCUUGUCAACACCUUGAGUCAGUCAGAUAUGCACUUCCUGUUUUCAAACAUCGAGGAUGUCAUGAAGGCAAGCGAGAGGUUCCUCAUGGAUCUGGAGCACAGGAUCGAAGAGUCCAUCUUGAUCACAGAAGUGUGUGACAUCGUUCAUUUUCACGCCGUCAACCACUUCCAGGUCUUCAUCAGCUACGUCAUCAACCAGGUGUACCAGGAGAAGAACUACAGACGGAUACUACAAGAAAAUUCUAAUUUCCGGGAGAAUAUGUCCAUCCUGGAGAAUCAACCGAAGGUGAAGGGCCUCUCUUUCACGUCCUUCCUCAUUCUUCCCUUCCAGCGAAUCACGCGGCUCAAACUACUUGUUCAGAAUAUUCUCAAGAAGGUGGAGGAGAAUUCAGAAAGAGAGAAGUCUGCUAUAUUGGCACAUCAGGAGUUAGAAAGGAUUGUGAAGGAGUGUAAUGAAGGAGUGAGGAAGAUGAGUCGUACCGAGGAGCUGAUCAGCAUCGAGAAAACACUUGAAUUCAAGUCAAAGUCAGUGCCUGUGAUUUCACAUUCACGGUGGCUUCUGAGGAAGGGUGAAGUCCAGCUGAUGUCAGGACCCAAGAGCACUAGGACCAUGCGCAGCCGCAGACUUUACCAGCCCAUUUACCUUUAUCUCUUCAAUAACCUGCUGCUCAUCACCAAACGCAACUCCGGUGGAGAGAAGUACCAGGUUCUGGACUCCUGCAGUCGCUCUAUGUUGAGGACAGAGGAUAUGGAGGAUCAGGGUCAGAUGCUGGCCUGCACAUUCGUGCUGAAACUUCUGGAGAAUCAGGAAGACAGAGAAGUCAGCUACAUGCUCAAGACUGAAAGCAUGAGCGACAAACUGCGCUGGAUCUACGCUUUGACUCCAAACCGCCGCACAAGAUUCCUCUCAUCCAGUACGCACCAACCAGAUUCUCCUCAGGUACAGUGUAUUCAGUCGUACUCCUCACAGGAACCGGAUGAGCUCUCUGUAGAAAUGGCUGACGUGCUUCACAUUCUGGAGAAUACAGAUGACGGGUGGAUUUUGGGUGAGAGGUUGCACGAUGGAGAGAGAGGCUGGUUUCCCAUCCGUGUGGUGGAGAGGAUCAUGAGCGCUGAAGUCCGGGCCCAAAAUCUUAAAGAGUGUCAACGCAUCCAACAAGCUCAGGAAGGAGCGCAGGGGGCCAGGGCCGCCUCUAGGGGGCGACGAACGGCUAAAAGUCCUCAGUACACUCCAAGUUGGACCGACGUGUAGAUAAGGAGCUGGAAAGGACAUCACAUUGACGUUACCAUUCGUUCGCUUAUUCCCGAAUCCGGUAACCUGGAAACGAUGCCACCUAGAUGUCGGGGUGGCACUGGAUUGUACCGAGAGUCAAUCUGUGUCCAGUGUUUAUCAAAUACGUGUCCGGUGUCACAUUGAAGACUUGGUAGAGUCUUGGAAGAGCUUUUGCACUAUAAGCACUUGUUUUUCAAAUCGCUGCUUCCAUACAGUCCUAACACGCUGUUGCCAUGAACGAUUUCAACUUUAGCAAUCGCAAACAGGGACUUUCUAAAGUUUGCACAUUUGAGAUGAACCAAGAACAGGAGGGAGGGGAAAUGGAAGAAGGUUAACGCUACAGCAGGACUUAUGUAAAGUCAUUAUGCUUCUCUGGAAAAGGAAUGUAUGCGCAGGGUCACACCUUUACUGACAAUACAGGUUUAUUUUCUUUAAACCUCUGAGGAUAAUUUGGUGUACUGUAAGGAUCUCAUUUUUCUCCCAUCAGCAUGAAGAACAACGUUAAUAAACUGCACAUAUCUGGCAUUUGGAAUGACAUUUGAACACAUGCCCUCAUAUUAAAUACGAACGAAGAUCAUUUGUUGGUGUGAAACAUAAUGUUUUAUGCUACAUAAGAGUUUGACACAAUGUACAGUCACACACAAACACAAUAAAAAACACACACUUAAACAGACUCGUCAUUUUGCUAAUUUAGUCAAACACUGAUCUUUUCCAACAGAGAAUGUAACUUCCACGAGAGAUGUCUCUCGCUGCUCUGGUGUUUUUUUAGGUUUGAUGUGCGUGCAUGUUCAUAUGAAAACUUUUAAUGUGGUAUAAUGUAAUUGCCAAAUAAUUGUCCCAUUUCAUUUUGUAAAGCUAUAUUUAUUGUAAAUGAAAAUAAAUCUUGAAUGUUAA